AUGUCUUGGUCAUAAUUGUGUUGUUUCGUUGGCUUGGGACUCCAGCUCUCUCAGUGUUUUAAAGAAGCAAACUCUUAACAAAGAACUCAUACAAGAUAUAAAGCAGUCCAUGUCAGCGGCUUCCUCCAGCUCUAGGAAGGUCCCCACUCAACACGCAAGAGCAGAAGGGGGGCGAGGUCAAAGUCCCCACCAGGCAGCUCAUUGACCAGGGAGUGUGUUCACUGCGGUCCCUCGAACACAGAGCAGGCUCCAACACCGUCACACGGGCAUCCUCGACGUUGACGCUGGUGGGGUGCUGACCCCAUCGUUGCCGGGACAGCGGUCAACACCGAAGCCUGCAGCAGGGGAGGGUGCGGCCAGCCUCGGCCUGUGUAACCCAUUGUUUGUAAAGAGCCACUGGCCGCAGAAGCCACCAAGCUCUCAAGCCAGCCGUGGGUUCUUUGCUGAGGAACGAACCUGGAAAGUAAGAGAGAAAAUGAAAACAAGGAGGGAGGCUGACCCGGGCCAUACACGGUGACCAUGAAGCAGGACGCCAUCUCCCCGACGGGUGGGCGGAGGACUUGGCUACUCCCCUGGCCAUACAAGGCUUGGCCAGAGCUCUCACGGGGCCACACCCCUUGUGUCACCCUUGCCCUCCCAGCUGGGUGCUCUACAGAUGUGAGACACAAGCCAGUAACACCAGCAAGAAAGGAGCUUGCCGAGGGCGGCGUCUGGAGAAGGUUCUCGGGAGGCUGUCAGAAAUGAGUUUCUCACUGAACUUCACACUGCCGACCAACACGACUUCCUCCCCAGUUGUAACAGGUGGGAAAGAAGCAGACUGUGGGCCUUCUCUUGGGUUAGCAGCCGGCAUCCCGUCCCUGGUGGCCGCAGCCCUGCUGGUGGCUUUACUGUUUAUACUGAUUCGCCGAAGAAGCAGCAGCAAGGAGUCCGCCGAGGAAAGUGAGAGGCCAUGUGAAAUUUCAGAAAUCUAUGACAAUCCCAAGAUUGCUGAGAAUCCUAGGAGGUCACCCACACAUGAGAAGAAUAUUACGGGAGCAGAAGAAGCCCACAUAUAUGUGAGGACUGUAGCAGGAAGUGAGGAACCCAUGCGUGACACUUACCGUCCUAGUGUUGAAACGGAGAGAAGACGGGGAUUGUGGUGGCUUAUGCCCAGACUGAGUCUGGAAUGACGCAUUUCAGUCAAGGAGAAGAUAUGGAGCUGGAACAGAGCUGAAAACCCAUGGAUUUUUGCUCGGAGUGAGGAGAGAUGCCAAGCUGCUUCUUAACCUAUCUAAAUUUCAUGUGUAGAUCUGGAAAACUUUCAGGUUGGUUUGUCUCUGUAGGUGACAGAGCUAAAGGUUCAUUCCAACACUCGGAUCUUGUUGUUUAAUAAGCAGUGAAGCACCAAGUGAGGUCCAGAAGGAGCCCUUUGAUCCUAUUCCUGACCUAUGCUUUUCUUUUCUUUAUGAUUUUGGGGAAGGGACUUGAUUUCUGUGUGUUUUGCCUUAUCUUUUUUCACAUCUCUUUUCUCAAAAAAAAAAAAAAAAAAUCAUCAGACCUGGCUUCUGUGGGAAGGUUGGCCAAGGUCAGCAUGGUGCAAGUUGGGAUAUAAAUAAAACUUAAAUUGGAUUAUGA